AAGAAGAAGAAGCAGCACGUGCACGUUGUUGUCGAAUUCAAAUUGGUUUUGUUUUUAGCCAGAUUUUAAUUUUAAAUCUACUUGCUGCACCAACAAAAUGACCAAAACAGCGCCAGAACGGCGACCAAAGGCCAAAACGCCCUACAAACGCUACUUUGAUGCACAAAAUGACACAGAACAGGACGACGGCGGUCUGAAACAUGUAAAAGUGUUGAGCAAAAACCGACAGAACUUCACCGGGGACUUUAUCAAGAUGCAUGCUACACCCAAGAAAUCGCGUCCCCAAAAGCCAGUAGUGAAACGCAAACAGGAAGAUGAAGAACCCAAGCCCAAGAGGAACCCAAUUCCGGAGGAGCAGCUCAAGAAGUACUCACGUGGCGAGCAAGUGCAGCCAAAAGGAGUGAAAACUCGGCACUUCAAGGAGCAGCAGACGCGCAAGGAGGUUUACCUUGAAUAUGCCACCGAGCAGGCGGCUCGCACAGAGCUCCUGCACCUGGAGACCGCUGGGCAACUAGAAGCCGAUGAGGGUGAAACCACUGCUGAGUACCGUCAGUCCCAAAUCGCCGACAACGUGGAUCUCCAGUCGUCUGCGAAGCAUUUCAAUCUGAACAUGGAAUUCGGGCCCUAUCAAAUGCGUUACACCAAGAACGGCCGGCACUUGCUGCUCGGCGGCAGGAGAGGACAUGUUGCUGCUUUCGAUUGGGUGACCAAGCGGCUGCACUGCGAAUUCAAUGCGAUGGAGAGCGUCGAAGAUGUCCAGUGGCUCCACGUGCCCACCAUGUACGCGGUGGCCCAGAAGACCUGGGUGUAUUUCUACGACAAGAAGGGCACCGAACUGCAUUGCGUGAAGCGCCUGAAUAGGGUCAAUCGACUGGACUUUCUGCCCUACCACUUCCUCUUGGCCGCCGGCAAUUCUGCUGGCUAUGCCUCCUGGCUGGACGUCUCCAUGGGCGAGCUGGUGGGUAAUUUCAACACGGGACUGGGCGACAUACGCCUAAUGCGCCACAAUCCUCGAAACGGAGUGCUCUGCAUCGGCGGCGGACGCGGCGUGGUGUCCAUGUGGUCGCCCAAAGUCCGUGAGCCGCUGGCCAAGUUGCUGUGCCAUUCCACAGCGAUGACAGCCCUGACUGUGGAGCCCAAGGGCCAAUACCUGGUCACCGCCGGUCUGGAUCGCGCGGUAAAAGUGUGGGACAUUCGGAUGCUCGAGCACGACAAGCCGCUCACCCAUUUUCAGUUGCGUCUGCCCGCCAACGAGUUGGAUGUCUCGCAAAGUGGCAUGCUCGCCCUGUCGCAGGGCAACUAUCUGGAGACCUAUGCGGAUCUGCUCUCUGGCGGCGGUUCGGGUAGCGGCGAGCGGUUGCCCUACAUCCGCCAGCGCUGCGAUGCCUUUGUGCACGGCCUGCGCUUCUGUCCGUACGAGGAUGUGCUCGGUGUGUCCACGGCGAAGGGCUUCCAAUCGUUGCUGGUGCCCGGCGCUGGCGAGCCCAACUUCGAUGCCCUGGAGGACAAUCCGUACGAGACAUCAAAGCAGCGCCGCGAACACGAGGUGCACGCUCUGCUGGAGAAGAUUCCGCCCGAACUUAUUACCCUGGAUCCGCAAGAGAUCACCGGCGUAGAUGCGCCCACGCUGCAGGAGAAGAUCGAUGCGAAGAGGAAGCUGUUCCAUGUGAAGGCGCCGCGCAUCAACAUGAAGUCCCGCCACAAGAUGAAGGGCCGUGGCGGCUCUGCAAAGGCGGCGCGAAACAAACAGAUAGUCAAGGACACAAAGCGCAAGGAGUUCAUUGCCGAGGUGCGCGAGGCGAAGAAGAGCGUGAUUCAGCAGCACACAACCAAGGAAGGUGGCAAGAAAAAGACCAAGGCACCGCGUUCCGUACUGGAUCGUUUCAAACCCAAGCCGCCCAAAAAACAAAAGUCCUGAGAUGUGUUUUUUUCGCCUUAAGAAAGAGGAAUAUAAUGUAUACAUUAAACUAAUUGUAGAAGCUAUA